AUGGACCGGUCAGCCGUCUUCCUCAGCCUCCUCAGCUUGCUGGUGUGCCUCCUCCCCAUCCUCCAGGCAUGCCCCUCGAACUGCCACUGCCACGGGGGAGAGCUCCAGCACGUCAUCUGCGACAACGUCGGGCUGAGGAAGAUCCCCAAGGUGUCCGAGCAAACACGGCUCCUCAACCUGCAGAGGAACAACUUCCCCGUCCUGCCGACCAACGCCUUCAGGGAGAUGAAAGGGCUUGUGUCCCUCCACCUCCAGCAUUCCCAGAUCAAGGAGAUCUCCAGCGGCGCCUUCCGGGGGCUGAAGCAGCUCGUCUACCUUUACCUGUCCAAUAACGAUAUCAGCGUCAUAAAGAUGGGCGCCUUCGACGACCUGUCGGAGCUCACUUACCUAUACAUGGACCACAACAAGAUCUCGGACCUGCCCAAGGGGCUCCUCUCCCCGCUCAUUAACCUCUUCAUCCUGCAGCUGGGCAGCAACAAGAUCCGAGAGCUGAGAUCGGGGGCCUUCAGCGGUGCUAAGGACCUGCGCUGGCUCUACCUCUCUGACAACUCCCUCUCCUCUGUCCAGCCCGGGGCCCUGGACGACGUGGAAAACCUCGCUGUCUUCCAUUUGGAUAAGAACCAGCUGAGCACCUACCCAGUGGCUGCCAUGAGCAAGCUGAGGGUAGUGGAGGACCUGAAGCUUUCUCACAACCCCAUGAAGGUUAUUCCUGACUAUGCCUUCCAGUCCUUCGGGCGCUACAUGGAGACACUCAGUCUGGACAACAUGGGCCUGGAAAAGUUUUCAGAUAAAGCAUUUGCUGGAGUGACCACACUGAAGACUGUUCACAUCGAGAACAACAGACUUAACCAGCUACCUGGGAACUUCCCGUUCAGCAGCCUGGAGAACCUCACCCUGUCCAACAACCCUUGGCUCUGCUCCUGUCAGCUAGCAGCUCUGCGCAAGUGGUUGGAGUCCAGCCGCUCCCGCCCGGAUGCGGUUUGUGCCUCACCAUCUCAGUACCGAGGGCAGCAGAUAAGAGACACCGCCGCGCUCCGCAGCUGCAAACUCCCCACCAGGAGGCCCAGGAAAGGAAACCGCCAUUAA